AUGGCCGAUAGACUGACGUAUUGGUUCAAGUUUAAAAACGAAAAUCCCGAUAACGAUGCUAUAACCGAUAACGUUGCUGGUCAAGCUUAUGUUGAGCAGUUUGGGCUCGAGGUCUUUACGAGAGCUGAUAAUGCGGUUCGCGCUAACAAGGCUACCAAACAAACCGCCGAUACGUUCCUCGCAGCCGCCACUUUCCUUGAACUUUGCCAAAUAUGGGGCGACGUCGAUCCCGACAUCACAUCCAAGAUCAAAUUUUCAAAAUACCACGCUAUUCGAAUUGCCAAAGCUAUAAAGAAUGGGGAGGACCCGAAUCUGUCGAAUCCCGUUGUAGAGAGCCAGACGCCGGAUAGUGAAAUUCAAGCUCUGAAUCCGGAUGAUCCCGAGGUGCGAGCUCUCCAGGGUACUGCGGAACGAGAGCGGCAACCUUCUGUGGAAGAGGUGCCUGAUGAAGCGGAUCGUGUACAAAGAAGUCUUGCGCAGCAAUCAGUACUAGAUGAAUCACUUCAUCCGUCGCGAUCAUCCUCGCUCCCACGUCCACCCACCACUGAUGCUUCCAAAGCUGAAGAUCUUCCAGCCGUACCGUCGGCUCCUGAGCUUCCAUCUGCGCCGUCAGAUCUGUCGCUCCCACAGACCCCCUCCGCUCUGCCCGAUACACCAGAGAAAUUCACUAACCCCUCCGCCGAGUUUCAAUCGUUCCCUCCACCUGCAGUCGUGCAGAUGUCGAACGCGGCCGAUCCCUCUGAACAACCGCCAUUCAUUCCUCGGGCUUCAGCUCCAGCUCCAGCGCGUGCACCCGUAGCUCCAGUAGCAGCUACUCCAUCAGCAUCUCAAACGUCGCGAUAUGAUCUCACCGCGGACGAUCAAGCCAUCACACAAGCACAGAAACAUGCGCGAUGGGCGGUCUCCGCGCUGAGUUUUGACGAUGUGCCAACGGCUAUCAAAGAACUGAAGAAUGCGCUUCGACAAUUGGGCGCUGAAUGA